GCCAUGGCCAGCCUCCCCAAAACAGAUGGAAACCCCAUAACUAAGGAGGAGUGGACCUCUCACAACAAGAUGGUGAUGGAGCCUCUAGACACCAACGACCCAGAGGUCUACGACAUCAUCAAGAAAGAGAAGCGGCGGCAGCGGCUUGGCUUGGAGCUGAUUGCGUCGGAGAACUUUGCCAGCCGGGCGGUUCUGGAGGCCCUGGGCUCCUGCAUGAACAACAAAUAUUCAGAGGGAUACCCGGGACAAAGGUACUAUGGUGGGACGGAGUUUGUGGAUGAGCUGGAGAGGCUGUGUCAGAAAAGAGCCUUGGAGGCUUAUGGGCUGGACCCACAGAAGUGGGGAGUCAAUGUUCAGCCCUACUCAGGGUCUCCAGCGAACUUUGCAGUAUACACAGCCCUCGUGGAGCCCCACGGAAGGAUCAUGGGCUUGGAUUUGCCAGAUGGAGGCCACCUGACCCACGGCUUCAUGACGGACAAGAAGAAGAUCUCGGCCACCUCCAUCUUCUUUGAGUCCAUGCCUUACAAGGUCAACCCUGAAACUGGCUACAUCGACUAUGAUAGGCUGGAGGAGAAUGCCCGCUUGUUCCACCCAAAGCUGAUCAUCGCAGGGGUCAGCUGCUAUUCGCGGAACCUGGACUACGCUCGCAUGAGGAAGAUUGCCGAUGAGAACGGGGCAUACCUGAUGGCUGACAUGGCCCACAUCAGCGGCUUGGUGGCCGCCGGCGUGGUGCCGUCCCCUUUCGAGCACUGCGACGUGGUCUCGACCACGACACACAAAACCCUGCGGGGGUGCCGGGCGGGCAUGAUUUUCUUCCGGAAAGGUGCCCGCAGCGUGGAUCCGAAAACUGGGAAAGAAAUCCUGUACAACUAUGAAAGCCUCAUCAACCAAGCAGUGUUUCCUGGGCUACAGGGAGGGCCCCACAACCACGCCAUUGCGGGAAUUGCGGUAGCUCUGAAGCAAGCCAUGACUCCGGAAUUCAGAGCUUACCAGAGGCAGGUCGUCGCCAACUGCAAGGCCUUAUCCAAUGCCCUUGUUGGCUUGGGAUAUCACAUUGUUACGGGCGGCUCCGACAACCAUUUGAUCCUGGUGGACCUGCGCAGCCGAGGCACGGACGGAGGGCGGGCCGAACGGGUCCUUGAGCUCUGCUCCAUUGCAUGCAACAAGAACACCUGCCCAGGAGACAAGAGUGCCCUGCGCCCCAGCGGUCUUCGGCUGGGAACACCAGCCCUUACCUCCAGGGGAUUCUUGGAAGAGGACUUCCGGAAAGUCGCUCACUUCAUCCAUAAAGGUAUCGAGCUCACCUUGCAGGUCCAGAGCGACAUGAGUCCCAAAGCGACGCUGCGGGAGUUUAAGGAGAAGCUGGUGUCUGACGAGAAGUACCAAGGUCCCCUGAGAUCCCUCCGGCAGGAGGUGGAGGCCUUUGCAGAUACCUUCCCCCUCCCUGGCUUGCCUGUUCUAUAAAAGAAAAGUCACGGUUCCCCCCCUGCGCCAGAAGAACAGCAAGGAAACUCCUGCCUGGAACAGCUGCGAUUCUUCUUGGCUGCUUUGAAGUGUGGGUUGUCUCACGAAAGCUGCCCUCCCCUAAAAGGGAUUUAGGAGGAAUCGAGGCAUCUCCAGUGUCCCCUUUUCUUUACUGUUCUUACAAGCAGAGCUGCUCUUGAAACCUGCUCUUUAACCAACCUCUACCCCAUCUUUUAAAAAAAUAAGUUGCAUUGAAUAUGGAGGAAAUGGGCACAGGCCAAAUGAAGAUUUAAAAUCCUCCAUCGGCGAGGUUAACAGCCGUAUUAAUGGACAUCCCAGAAUUAUACCCCUGGCAGUGGUAAAGAGGCCCCAAGAGAGAUGUGCCACACAGUUGCUGCAAAUGGAAAUCGGUGUUAAAAAUAUUGCAUACGGAAUCAACCUGUUACCCAAAGGUCUUAAAUGGAAGAGGCUGAGAGGUGGCGGAAGGGGGAAAUACAAUGUCGACAGCAACUCGAAGCGCCCCCGAGGUUUGAAUAAACGUCAAACUGGGUCACGAGGAAGAAUGAAUCUGAUUUUUUGCCGGGUUUGAGCUUCCUCGUUAAAGCUGGCCUGUUGGAGAAAACAGAUUUACUCCAAGUCUAAGCAAGAAACAACAAAAAGAUAGACCUUUGUGCUGUGGUGUCUUCAGCCAGCAUAGCUGAGCCACUUUCAAACCAGAGUUUUCUUCAUUCAGGAAAACUCAAACCAAAGUCUUCCUUUGCUUUGGUUUGCGGAACCCCCUGCCACAAGGAUUGGGCAUGGCCAGGAGCAUUUAGCAGGGGUAUUAAGAGCACAGAUCUGUCAGUAGGGAUCAGUCAUGAAACGUGCAACCUGGAACGAAGUGCUGCAGUGUGGAUCGCUCCUCUGUUCCAGUAAAACAGUUAUGCCUCUGGGAUACAUUUCAUCCCACCUGGUUUUCCAUUCCCACCCUGCAGCAAUGGGGCUCCCCCCCAUCUUUUUUACUCCCCCCCUUAAAAGAUUUCUUUUAUUUCUGCAAAGCUUGGGGAGUCUCCCUGCUGCCCCUGUGGCUGAUUGCCCUUUGGGCUACCAGAGCAGGGUGCUCACACCUGAAAAUUGGAAAACUAAACAGAAUCCUCUCCUUCAGAGACCACUGAACCCUCACUGAUCUGCUAGGCAGCUGGCCGUUGCCUUUGUGGCCUGGUUGAGGGUUUCUCAGAAGCACGCAGCUAUUCCACUGCAGAAAACAAGGCUAGACAAACCUUCCAGUCGGAUCCAGCUGUUUUACGUGGCUUGUGCCUGAGAUAUCAUCUCUAGACUACCAGUAUUUCAGCCGUGUAUAGCGAUACCUGGAAAGGGCGAAGAUAACGUUUCUCCAUUCACCAACAUCGCUGUGGAAUAGCAACUGGCACAAUUUUCCAAUCGCUGGAGAACGGGGAGAGUUUAAGCAAACCGUCUCGGAUAUUCAAUUUUAUCAGAGCGGGCCUACCAUGAAUGUAAGAAAAGUCCUGAUGCGUCCACCAGUCUAGUCCAGAAUCCUCUUCUCACAAUGGCCAACCAGGUGUCUGCUGGAAACCUGCAAGCAGGAUCUAAGCACAAGAGCACUCUCCCCACCUGUGGCUUCCAGCAAUGGGUAUUUGAAAACAACAUAGCAAGGCAAAAUUCUGUCUUUCUAAAUCCAAGGCAUGGGACUCUCAGCUACAUUAGCAAAGAAACAGCAAUCUGGAUGCACUAUAAACAUGCAACACUAGAUGGCGCCAGGGACCAGGAAUUUUUUUAACGCAAUUUUCCAUAGAGAUUUUUUUUCCUUUGUUAAAGCGAUCUUACUUCUGACUUACAGCAUUUUUUCCAGUUUAGAUCCACCCAUGGCUGGCCUCUUGCAUUGCUCAACUCCCAACAUUUUGUGGUUGCCAUUCUCCAGUCCUCUCUCCCCCCCCCCUUUUGUAUCAGACACAGGAGCUCAGAAAUAGUCAGGACAAUUUUUUACUAAGCACAAUAAAAUCAAGAAUUGAACCACAAUAUACGCCAAGGGUUAUAUAAGCUUUAAAAAAUACAACCAGUAUAUAUAUAUAUAUUUUGUAUUUCAAAAAUAUCUUGAGCCCAAAUAAAUAAUUUCUUCUUCUUC